AUGUCGCACGAAAAUGCAGAGCAAAAAAAUACCCAGGCUAACAAACCCCAGCACCCAUUCCUAAUGCGAAUAAUACUGACACUGGCAACGACGCACGACCGCUAUCUUGCCCAGAUAUCGAGCACGGGAACCCAGGACUCGAUUCUCGCUCAGACAGAGUCCCGCCAUCGCGCCCAUGCAGCAAGUCUCUUAAACGAAAAGCUGUCACUUCCUAUCCUCCCGCAAGAUCGUGAUGCCUUGUGGGCGGCAGCAGCUAUGCUGGGGAUAUCAGUUAUCACAUCCAUCCAGGCAUCAGUGCCAGAAUGUUGGCCGUUGAAAAUCACACCGGCGGAACCGGAAACCAUCUUUCUUCAAUGGAUGGAUUUUUCAAUUAAUAAAAAGGCGAUUUGGGACGCGACGGAUCCCUUGAGACCAGAGAGUAUCUUCCACGAGCUUGCGGAUGACUAUCGAAGAUUCAUGGCUCCGCCAAAGACAUGCAGGGUCGAUGAGAUAGCGAAGGAAUUUGUGGAUCUGUGUGGAUUCGAAGAUUGUGCCACGGAAUCGAAUCCGUAUUUCAAGGCUGUUUCAAUUCUAACUCAAAUUCGGAACUUGGGGAAUGGGCAUAGGUCAAGGCCUGAGACGUUGUGUGCGAGUGGUGUUGUGCCGCGGGAUCUUCGGUUCAUUGGGUUUAUGGAGCCUGAGUUCAAGGCUCUGCUGAUCGAGCGGGAUAUACGUGCUUUGCUGAUUCUCGCAUAUUGGUAUGCGCCGCUGUCGCAGUGUGUUUGGUGGAUGGCUGGACGGGCGCAGACCGAGUGUCAGGCCAUUUGUCUGUACUUGGAGAGAAAUUGUGGCGAUGGCUUGGUCGUGGAGCUGCUGAAUGUUGUCAGGGAGAAGUGUGGGCUUGUCGCAGGGAUCAGAGAUUCGAUAUUGACGGAUGCUGUGGAUUCUAACUGGCUGGAGAUGUAG